AACACUUCCUGCACGAAACCGCCAGCACACUCUCCCACUCACACUCCUUCUUCUUCUUCCGUGCCACGUAGACCCUCCCUUGACGAGAAAGCAAGCAAGAUGGCAGCCAGCAAGCCUUUCGACCCCAACACCGCCCAAAACCACAUCGAUAUUGAGAAACAGUUCGCCGUCAAAGCCGUUGAGCAGGCCCAGACGUAUUGGAAUCUCAUUGAGAAAGUUCCCCCAACCGAACUCAAACUCACCAAGAUUGACGAUGAGAUUUACGAGGACACACUCAAGACCUUUCCCGAGCUUGCCGAGAACGACUACGCGGGCUUGAUACAGCUUGAUGAAGAGUGGAUGAAGAGUCCCUCAGGCAAAGAGCGCUGGCGAGAAUUCAUUGAGCGGUACAAGAAAAAAGUCAAGGACUACAACUUCGGGUCGCUCAUCCGAAUGAAUGCAAAGGAAGAAUACGUCGAGAAGAACACAAUCUUUGGUGGGCUACUCGCUUUUGCCCUCUCGCUGUUGCUGACGUGUCCCGGCAGUUACUCGGAUACAGGCAGGUUGCCUUUGGUAUUUGAAUGUCUAGUGCUGAUCACUGCUCAUCUCCAGUUCUACGCUUUCGAGAUUGCCCGCAACAGGCUUGGUUUGAACGACACUGCCCACGAUCUCGCUAAGGCCGAAGCCGCCAAAGAAAAGGCACAGAAGGAGAAAGAGGCCGCAGCUGCCGAGAAGAAGAAGCGCAAGUAG